AUGAGCUCACCCGGUUCAAGCUUGCCUACCCCGAUGCAGAACGGACUUGUUUCGCGUAAAGAUAGACCGGAAAGCGCUUCUCAUGCGAAAUGCACAGGUCGCCUUGGUACUAAGUCGAACGGCCCUCCAUGUUCAACUGCCCAUCUCCAUUCUAGCAGGAUUGUCAGGCCAGCAGAAUACCCUCAUGCUCGUUUUUGCCGUUCUGAGUAG